ACCAGGCGGUGAGUUCUCGCCGGGUCCGUCAGUCAGUCGAUCGCAAGCCGUUGAACCAGCCGCGCAGACUCCGACCGUCGCAAAACCAACCACCCAACGACCGUAGCGUGCCUCUGCGACGAUUAGAUCUCCGGAAACGUGUUCCGUAUAAUUCUAGGAAAAACGGCGCAGCGCGUUGUUAGGGUUGUGCUUCUGUUCUCCAGGCUCGCUGUGCACCACUGUUAUUGACAUUAACACCCCGGGACCUGGGACCUGGGAGGCCAAUAGUAACAGCAUACGUGUUGCAUCGCAUCGUGUAGUACACACGGUAGUGCGCAUCUUUUCGUCGACACCACUGUGAUACUGUGCAGUGAUCUAAAACGGGGAUCAUGAGUACACCGGUGAAGAAGGUGCCAAUUCACCUCCAGAGCGCUCAAAACCGGCUUCUCAUUAAAAAUGGAAAAAUCGUCAACGAAGAUGAAAUUGUGGACAAUGACGUCUACGUUGAGGAUGGUGUGAUCAAACAGCUGGGACGCAACCUGAUAAUACCAGGUGGAACCAGAGUGAUUGAUGCACGAGGAAAAUAUGUGAUGCCAGGAGGAAUCGAUCCUCACACCCAUUUCGAGCUAGAAUUAAUGGGAACCAAGUCAGUGGAUGAUUUUUAUCAGGGGACCAAGGCCGCUGUCGCUGGGGGUACCACGAUGAUUAUAGACUUCGCAAUACCCAAGCAAGGGGAGUCGCUCCUCGAGGCUUACGACAGGUACAGAGCAACUGCCGACGAAAAGGUCUGCUGUGACUACGGGCUGCACAUCGGGGUGACAUCAUGGAACAGCAAGGUCAAAGAAGAGAUGGCAAUUCUUGCCAGGGACCACGGAAUAAACAGUUUCAAAGUGUUCAUGGCCUACAAGGACACUUUCAUGCUAAGGGAUCCCGAGCUGAUCGAAGUUUUUGCGGCGUGCAAAGAUAUCGGAGCCGUAGCUCAAGUCCACGCUGAAAACGGUGACCUAAUUGCGGAGAACACGAAACGACUUCUGGCUGCUGGUGUGACCGGACCUGAGGGUCACGAGAUGUCGCGCCCGGAAGAGGUUGAAGCUGAAGCGGUAAACAGAGCCUGCGUGAUCGCUAAUCAGGUAAAUUGUCCGCUGUACGUAUCUCCUGUGACGAGCAAAUCAUCGGCCGAUGUUAUAGCUGCUAAACGCGCCAACGGUGUUGUCGUAUUCGGGGAACCCCCAGCGAGUAGCCUCGGGAUUGAUGGUAGAGAUCAAUACGGAAAGGAUGUUAACAAGGCUAUAAAGCUGAUCACAAAUCCUCCAUUAAGACCAGAUCCAACAACACCUGCAUAUUUGAUUGAGCAACUUGCUCAGGGCGGUCUCCAAGUGACCGGCAGUGACAACUGCACCUUUAAUUCGGAGCAAAAGGCUCUCGGAAAGAACGAUUUCUCCAAGAUUCCAAACGGCGUCAACGGAGUCGAAGACAGGAUGUCCGUUGUUUGGGAAAAGGGAGUUCAGGCCGGAAUAAUGAACCCGACCAGAUUCGUCGCAGUGACGAGCACGAAUGCUGCUAAGAUAUUCAACCUCUACCCAAGAAAAGGUGUCAUAGCUGUCGGCUCCGAUGCGGACAUCGUUAUCUGGGACCCAAACAGGAAACGCACCAUUUCUGCUGAGACGCACGUGCAAGCAGUAGACUUCAACAUCUUUGAGGGUUUGGAAGUCCACGGUGUUCCAGAAUACGUAAUCGUCAACGGCCGCGUCUGCGUCGACGAAUGUGACGUCAAAGUUGUUCACGGCUACGGCAGAUUCGUGGAAACUCCGGUGUACCCUCCGUACGUUUACGACCUCAUUUCCGAACGAGAACAGAAGCCACGUGGAGUGGCUCGGACAGAAGUGGAGUUGAAACGAUACGCCGAGGAAGACGCAGCCAUGGCGAAGGCCAGGGAAGCCGCGAAGGCGGCUGCUGCAACGGCUGCGGCGAGCGCGGCGACGAUCGGCAAUAUUUAUACAAACGGUUCGGUGGACAGUCUGAAACCGAAAUUGCAGAAUCUCUCGUGCGUUCCAACCUUGCCAGAGUCAGCCGUGGUCACCCCAUCAGCAAAGGGUCCGCGUCUCGAGGGUCAAAGAAACUUGCAGGAUUCUACCUUCUCGAUCAGUGAGGACGUCGACGAGGCUCGUCGCGCUUGCAUCCGCGUCAAUAAUCCUCCUGGUGGUCGCAGCGCCGGCGGAUUUUGGUAAUUUGAUCCCUUAAGGGUCGUCAUGGUUCCGCUUAACGCGCAGGCAAAAGAAAAAAAGAAUGAUAAGCAAACUGUCCUGGAGUAAGAGAAAUUACUAAUAACAAGGAAAACCGGCUGAAGGGCAACAGCAAAUCCCAUCCCACUUUACGUUUUACCUCAUAAAUACUGCACUACCUGCAUCCCGUUCCGUAACACCCGGCGUCCUAUCACCGUUACGGCUUGUAAUCUAUAGCUUUGACGUUUCGCUACUUACCAAAUAUUAAACGUUAAGUUUUCACCAACGUUCAACUUCAUCAAGGUCUGUCCCACCCAAGGAGGAAACGGAGGCGCCAAGUCAGUAGGUUAUGCGAAUGUACCGCAGACCUGAUAGAUAGGUAUAAUCAUUAUUGGUAAUUCGUUCAAUCGUUCAUUAAUUCGUUCGUUCGUUCACACGCUCUGCUUAAUAAGACUUGAAUUAUUGUUACAUCUAAUCUCGUGUCGAAGUCUGUACGCCUGUCGCUCCAGCUGGAAGCCUGCCUCUUUUCGAGCUUUCACAAU